AUGCUGAAAGAGUACUUGGCGUGGCAGCAGGAAAGGCUCCACCUCAUGGCUGGGCUCGACUGGGAACUCAUGGGCGAGAUCUCAUCAAAGCAGCUGUCGGGACUGGUCAAGACGAGGAAGAGUCGGACUCGUAUUAUGGAGGUGAAACUGGCCGGUGCAGUUGUCUCUGAUUCGCGAGAGGUUCUGGCAGCUGCGUCGAACUUCUUUCGUGACAUUUUCGGGAGAGAUAGACGGGCUGACUUUGAAGGUUGGUCUCCCAUACCAGAGAGGUCCCUACGAGAAGAAGAUGCAGCAGGGUUGGAUGCGGACUGGUCAGAGGAGGAAGUGAAAGCGGCUUUUGCUGCUUUAGCGAAAAACAAGUCGCCGGGCAGUGACGGCUUACCGAAGGAGUUUUUCGAGGUCAACUGGGACCUACUGGGUAGGAGUUUCAUGGCCCUGGUCAGAGACUUCACGGCUACAGGUGCUGUGCCGGGGAAGGUCAAGGAAGUUGUGACCAUUCUCCUGCACAAGAAGGGAGAUAAGGACCAGUUGAGCAACUACCGGCCAAUCACUCUCCUAUCCUUCGCCUACAAGAUUCUCGCAAAAGUGAUCGCGGACAGGGUUAAGAAAGUUUUACAUCGGGUGAUUUCGCCCGAGCAAUACGGGUUCAUACCGGGGAGGAGGCUCACCGACGGGGUCGCGCUGGUAGCUGACAUCAUCGACGCAGCAAAGAAUGGCGAGGAGGACUGGUACUUGCUGUUGGUCGAUUUUCAAAAAGCCUUCGACUCGGUGUCGAGAGACUUCGUCUUCCACGUGCUCCAUCGCAUGGGCUUCCCCCCUCGGAUGGUUACCUGGAUAAGAGGUCUACAUGCCGGCACAACCACGAAAAUGUUAGUCAACGGCUGGCUAGGUGCUGGAAUCGAGGUGGUAUCAGGAGUAAGACAAGAAUGCCCGCUGGCUCCCUACCUCUUUCUUUGCGCGGUGGAGCCGCUGGUGCAGAUGGUGGAAUCGAAGCGGUUGGGUCUGGAUGUCGCAGGUCAGAGACUGUCGUACAUGGGAUACGCAGACGACACGACGCUGGCCCUGCAGGGAAAAGAGCAAUUGGCGGAGGCUGAGUCCAUCCUGGAUACAUUCGAGAAGCAGUCCGGGUUGGCGACCAACAAAGCAAAAUCCACGAUCUUACCACUAAGGGCGGACCUGGGGAGAGAUGAUGGGGGCGCUUUCAAGUGGGCGAAGCCGAAGGACGCGGAACGACGGUUGGGGGUUUGGGUCACACCUGACGGCAGUGGGCUGCCAACAUGGGAAAAGGCGUUGGAGGAGAUUAAGAGGAGGUUAGCACUAUGGAAGCAGAAAUACCUCACGGAGAAAGCGCGGGGGGCGGUGGCGAAUGGGUACAUCCAGCCAGUCAUGACCUUCCAGGCGCAAGUAUAUCCGCCUCCUGCAUCGGUGUGGAAGGAGAUAGAAAAGCUGCUGCACAAUUUUGUCUCGGGAAACAAGGCAACGCCUGACAAGGUUUUCCUUCUCUGGAGCACAGAGCUGCUCUACACUCUGAGACAUGAAGGCGGACUGGGGGUUCAAGAUCCAAACAUCACGCUGUCGUGUUUGGCGGCCAGGAGAGUCGGCUUGAUGAUGACGGAGGUAAAUCAGCUCAAGAAGGAGCUGAUGAUGCGAGCAGCCGAUCUCCCGUUGAAGCUGGACACUUUCACGGCACACGAACGAUUACUGCGGCACUGGGAGGGUCGGAGUCAAAGGUGGAAGCAAACGUGCGAACUCUUCAUGAAAUCGCCCCUCAGCAUACGGACGGUGGGGGUGACGGAAGCGGAGGUGGCGAAGGAGAGGAUAGUGUUUAACCGGGCCAUCAUGGUGGGAGUAACAUCCCCGAUGGGCGGACAGAAGGAUGCGGAGAAUCUGUGGGACUGGGUGCUGGGCGACCUGGUACGGCGACAGCGUGACGGCACCGCCAUGCUAAAAACCAUGGCUGAGCUAACAGAGGAACUAGGAGGGAAGGGCCCGGCUAAGCUAGUGCUGAUAGAUUUCGUAGCUGCACCAGCAGAAUGGAGGGAGGCCUUGCUGACCCCCUGCUCGAGCUCGGCUGACAGGGGCUUAGCCGGCGCAACAUCGCUUCCGCGUGUCCCAAUUCUGGAGGGAGGGGAAGUGAUUUCGCUGAAGCAGAUGCGGAGACACUGGUCGGGGAAACGCGGAAUGUCUCAACGAAUGAUGCGCUAG